UAGUGUUUUCAUAUUACAAUCGUCACCUUAAUCCCCAGUGCGGCUUGAAAUGGAGAUGAUUUUGAAUGCAAACUUUUAUCUAGUCCUGACAAAUAAAGGCAAAAUACCCUUUUUCGUCCCUUAACUUUCACUCGGGGUCCAUUUUGGUCCCACAAUUUUUAAAAAGUUCACAUAACUCCCUUAUCUUUUAAAAUUGUGUCAGGUUUAUCCUUUCCGUCUAUUUAAUUGAAACGUCCGUUUAGAGUUGCCAGCGUGGCGUAUGACCUGGAUCUUCUUCUCCUUCAUUAAAAGGAAUGUUACUUCUGGAAAACGAAUUCUUAUCAAUUUGGGGGCUAGGGUUUGUUGAAUAAACACCAUCGUGAGAAUAAUUUACGGGCUGCUAGGGUUUUCCAGAAAUCCAGAACAAUGAAAUCGUCCACUUCUUCGUCAACUAUGUUACAAGGAAGCCAUGAAAGUUUCAUCUCUCAGCUUGGUACGAAGUCGAAACUGCCCUGGAAACAAGUUUGCUACUGUGGAGAUAAGGCCAUUCUAAGAAGGGCGAAGACCACUAAGAGUUUUGGAAGACAAUUUUGGGGGUGUCCUCAUUUUAAGGGGCCUGAUCAUCCCGGGUGUGGGUUUUUCGAGUGGUUCUGCGAAGAAUCUGAAAAAAACAAUGGGCAAAUCAUGAUGGUUAGGUUGGAGAAGCUUGGAAAGAAUAUUGAACACAUACAAGAGGAGUUUGCCAAAAUUAGAUUGUCAACUGAAGAAAUAAAGAAAGAGACUGAUCACAUACAGAGUCAAUUGAAGAAGAUGAUGAAAUAUGGAAAAUGUUGUAGCUUGAUGAUUAUCAUAAUUUUGUUUGUAACCUGUUUUAUUAAGGAUUAGGUUUUAUGUUAGUGAAAUAGUAUUGUGUACCAGUUUUAUGAACCAGUUAUG